AUAUUUUUCUGAUUCCCUCGUGGAUUGUUGUUAUUUUCUUCUUAGACCCAGAAGAAAUGGUUGGUGUCAUGUGGAAGGUGAUUGUUUGGUUGGUCCUCUUGGUGGUCACCCCUGGUGAUGGACUGUUUCACUCCGUGUACCGCAGUGCCCAGGUUUCUCUGCCUCCUAAGGGAAAUUCAGGAAAGCCGUUAUACCUUACCCCUUAUAUCGAAUCUGGGAAGAUCAAGGAAGGGAAAACAUUGAGUUUGGUCAGUCCUUUUCAAGGAAUGAACGUGAAGAGUUUCUCUGGCUACAUCACCGUGAAUAAGAAUUACAACAGCAACCUCUUCUUCUGGUUUUUCCCAGCUCAGACAGAGUCAAAAAAUGCCCCAGUUGUCCUCUGGCUUCAGGGAGGCCCAGGAGGGUCAUCCAUGUUUGGACUCUUCGUAGAGCAUGGACCUUAUCUUGUCACCAAGAACAUGACUGUUCAUGCCAGAAACUUCUCUUGGACCACCACAUUUUCCAUGCUUUACAUUGAUAAUCCGGUGGGCACAGGCUUCAGUUUUACUGAUAAUAUCCAUGGGUAUGCUGUCAAUGAGGAUGAUGUGGCGCGGGACUUGUACAGUGCAUUAACUCAAUUUUUCCAGUUGUUUCCUGAGUACAGAAAGAAUGACUUCUAUGCCACUGGAGAGCAUAAACCUGUGAGCACUCAUUUCAGUGUCCGUUCUUGUCAGUCCUAUGCAGGGAAAUAUGUACCAGCCAUUGCACAUUAUAUUCACUUCGCAAACCCUAAGAAGACACUCAAGAUCAACCUGAAAGGAAUUGCUCUUGGAGAUGCCUAUUCUGAUCCUGAGUCGAUUAUAGGGGGCUAUGCAGAGUUCCUGUACCAAAUUGGCUUGCUGGAUGAGGAACAGAAAAAGUACUUCCAGCAGCAGUGUGAUGAGUGCAUAAAAUACAUCAAGGAGCAGAACUGGCAAAAGGCCUUUGAAAUACUGGAUAAACUACUAGAUGGAGACUUGACAAGUGAUCCAUCUUACUUUCAGAAUGCUACAGGAUGUGCUACUUACUAUAACCUUUUACAGUGCACAGAACCUGAGGACCAUGAGUACUUUGGGAAAUUUCUGGCUCUCCCACUAGUAAGACAAGCCAUCCAUGUGGGAAAUAAGACCUUCAGUGAUGGUGCUACAGUAGAGAAGUACUUGCGGGAAGACACAAUGAAGUCAGUUAAACCUUGGCUCACUGAAAUCAUGAAUAACUAUAAGGUUCUGAUCUACAAUGGACAACUGGACAUCAUAGUGGCAGCCUCCCUCACAGAACGCUCCUUGAUGGCCAUGAACUGGAAAGGAUCCAAGAAAUACAACAACGUGCAAAAAAAAGUUUGGAAGAUCUUUCAAUCUGAUAAGGAAGUGGCUGGUUAUGUCCGGCAAGUGGAUGACUUUCAUCAGGUGAUUGUUCGGGGUGGAGGACAUAUUUUGCCCCAUGACCAGCCUCUCAGAUCGUUCGACAUGAUCAAUCGAUUCAUCUAUGGAAGAGGAUGGGAACCUUAUAAAUGAUUAACUAAAUCUGAUUUCUUUAAAACAUAUUCAGAGUUUUAAUCUUUGAAAAGAACACAUUCCAAAAACAUCAUACAAAUGAGGAAAGUAUCUUUGUAUACUUACAAGAUGUUUGUCAUCAAUAAAAUUAACUAUCCUUGAAACAAGUGAGCUUUGAUUUGGGAAAGAUGGUUUUCUACGAAAGAAAGCAUUUCAUUGGAGUAUGGAAGAAUGAAUUCUUUGGCACUGAUUCAGAAAAUGGAUGGGUGAGAUUUGAAGAUUUUAACUAUGAAUUGUGUGUGUGUGCACGCACUCACCCACGUGUAUACAUGUGCACACAUAUGCACUGAUCUUGGA